CAACAGAACAAAACCACCAUUUCGUAACCAACGCUGCUAAACUUAGUUAAUUCCUUCAUCUCUCUCCAACACUAUAUUCGAAACUCGAUCCCAACAUCCCAAAACCAAAAUUCAAAACUGACUGAAAAUCGAAUUGGGAUUAAAAAAAAAGGAAAAAGAAAAAAGAGACUUCUUCUGGAGUUGAGUCGAGUUCAACUCGUCUUCACUCCACCCAUUCCUGCCUUCAAUAUAACGAUUUUCGAUCAGAUUCAUAAUUUAAUCAUAAAAAUGCUUCACAUCAGUAUUCUCUGAUUCUCUCUCUCUCUCUCUCUCGGGGCUAGAAGCGCCAGAGCGCAAUCGACAACAUCUUCAGAAGGCACAUACUCGCCUUAUGACAGAUUCGCGAUGGAAGAAUUGGAUUGCAGCUCCAUUGUGUCUAGUUUUGGAUAGAUUGGUUGUAUGGUAGUGUUGUUCAAAAUCAGUACGAUGGAUUUGUCUGAUGGGUACAUUUCAACGGAGCAUCGGGAGCUACUUCGAUCUGCUUCAGAAAGUGCAGAUCCAUUAUCUGUUUCUCCAUUAGAGCUCUCAAUGUCCCCAAAGACACCGAGAUCUCCUAAGUCUCCCAGGUCCCCAAAGGGUUCCCCAAAAGGAUCUCCAAAGGCACAUUCUGGUAAACAUGGCGCAGGCAAGGGGAGUCCACUCAAGAAGGACAAGCAGUCACGUUCUCCAUUCGAUGGCCGUCCUAAAAAAGGUGGUGCAGGAGGCAAAGGAACUUGGGGAGGUUUACUUGAUACUGAUGGCAGUCAUGUUAUUGACCUUAAUGACCCAAACUACACAAGCAAUGAGGAAAAUGAACAGUUAAGUGCAAGAUUCCCGAGCUCUCCUUUUGAGGAGUACAAAAAAAAGGUUGCAGUUAUUAUGGAGGAAUAUUUUGCCACAGAUGAUGUUAUCUCGACUGCAAACGAAUUAAGAGAACUCGGAAUGCCAAGCUAUAACUAUUAUUUCGUGAAAAAACUGGUUUCCAUGUCCAUGGAUAGGCACGACAAAGAGAAAGAAAUGGCUGCUACUUUAUUAUCCUCCCUGUAUGCCGACGUUAUUGAUCCACCACAAGUUUAUAAAGGCUUCUGCAAAUUGAUAGAAUCCGCAGAUGAUUUGAUUGUAGAUAUUCCAGACACAGUUGAUGUUCUUGCAUUGUUCGUAGCUAGAGCCGUGGUUGAUGACAUACUUCCUCCUGCAUUUUUGAUGAAAGAAAUGGCCUCUUUAUCAAAGGACUCAAAAGGGUUUGUUGUCAUUAAAAGAGCUGACAAAAGCUACCUAUCAGCCCCUCUCCAUGCAGAUUUUAUUUUGCGGCGUUGGGGUGGCAGCAGAAAUAAAACAGUUGAAGAUGUCAAGGGACAGAUAAGCAAUCUGCUGGUAGAGUAUGUAGUCAGUGGGGAUAGGAAAGAGGCUUGCAUAUGCAUUAAGGAUUUGAAAGUUCCAUUUUUCCACCAUGAGAUAGUUAAGCGGGCCAUUAUAAUGGCAAUGGAAAACCGUCAAGCUGAAGACCGGCUUCUUGAUUUGUUGAAAAUGGCAGCUGAAGAAGGUUUGAUCAAUUCUAGUCAAAUUUCAAAGGGAUUUGGUCGGAUUAUCGACACCAUUGAUGACUUGUCGCUUGACAUACCAAAAGCAAGGCAGAUUUUGCAGUCUUUGAUCUCCAAGGCUUCAUCAGAGGGAUGGCUUUGCGCCUCAUCUUUGAGGCCGCUGUCAUUAGAUCUGAAAAAGAAAUCUUUAAAAGAUACUGCUGCCAAAGCCUUCAAGGUGAAAGCUCAAUCCAUGAUUCAAGAGUACUUUUUGUCCGGUGAUAUUUCAGAGGUGAGCCGCUGUCUAGAAACAGAGAACAACUCUUCUUCAUCCGAGCUUAACGCUAUAUUUGUCAAGAAGUUAAUAACAUUGGCAAUGGAUCGUAAAAACAGAGAGAAAGAAAUGGCUUCCGUUUUGUUGUCCUCCUUGUGCUUCCCUGGUGAUGAUGUGGUAAAUGGUUUUGUUAUGUUGGUAGAAUCUGCAGAUGAUACUGCCCUUGAUAUUCCGAUAGUUGUUGAUGAUCUGGCGAUGUUUUUAGCUAGAGCUGUGGUGGAUGAAGUCAUAGCCCCACUGCACUUGGAAGAAAUUGGGACACUGUUUUUGAUGCCGGAUUCAAUCGGGAACAAAGUGCUCCAAAUGGCCAAGUCAUUGCUAAAGGCUCGCCUUUCGGGUGAAAGGAUACUUAGGUGUUGGGGUGGUGGAGGAAGUAGUACGAAUGGAUGGGCAAUUGAGGAUGUCAAGGACAAGAUUGGCAAAAUCUUGGAGGAGUUUGAGUCAGGAGGGGAUAAAAGGGAAGCAUGCCGAUGCAUAAAAGAGCUAGGCAUGCCAUUUUUCCACCACGAGGUUGUUAAGAAAUCGUUGGUGACACUUAUGGAGAAGAAGAAUGACAGGUUGUGGCGUUUGCUUGGAGAGUGUUUUAGCAUAGGACUCAUAACUACGAAUCAGAUGAUGAAGGGCUUUGGGAGAGUAGCAGAAUCUCUGGACGACUUGUCUUUGGAUGUUCCCGAUGCCGAGAAACAAUUCACACAUUAUGUUGAACGGGCUCGAAUCGAAGGGUGGUUGGAUCCGUCAUUUAGCUUCAAUAGAUCAGGACAUAUACUGGAGAAUGGCUUCUGUUUAUGAUGCAUAUAGUAAGCAUUAUCCGCUGGAGUUUUGAUCUACUACCGUGAGGUGGGGGAUAAAAUUCGGGAGGAAAUAAGAUGAGAUUCUAAUUCCCGGCGAAGCGAGAUUAGAUGAGAUGAGAUUCAUGUGUUUUAAAGGGAGAUGAAAUAACCGUGGACCUUAUUUUGCCAUGCUGAAAAAAUCUGACACGCCGAUGGCAUAAAUAGUUUGACCUUGUGUCUAGUUUUUCUGUUUACGUUUUCCUAUUAUUUUACUGAAUUUAGUCAAUAGAAUUUGAAACCAAUUUGUUUCAGUUUUGUAUUGGAUUG